GGGAACAAAUUGGAUUUUAGUUGGUCUCUUAUUGUUUUCCUUUAUAGAGUAUAGUUCUGAGUUCUAUAGGUGAUACUGAAGUUCUUGUUAAAUCAUACAAAUUUCUAGGAAGAGCGGGGAAAAAUCCCCUGUUCUGUCUUGCUCAAGGACCCUUUUUGAUUUUCGCCUCGAAAAUAGGGGACAUACUUGGGCCACGUCCUGUGCAAAUGCAAUGAGUUCAAAGAUGAUGAUAUUAUGGGGUCCGAAUCCCCCUGCUUUUAGAUACCGGUACGAUACCCAGCCCGCUCGCUCGGCAACCGCUCGACUUCGCAUCGGGCGGGAAUAGAAAUCACUGCUGGGCCAGCGAAGCACUCAAUUACACAGAUUGCAAAUGGCAUGGAGGACAAGAUAAGAUUUCCCCUGGCUCCACCGGGCUCCCUCUGAAACCAAGAAAACAGGGUGGUUUGCCACCAGUCGGGGAAGUCUACGGCUCGUCGGGCCCAAAGGGGAGCGGGGACACCCUGUUCGCGGUUUAUCAACUCAAUGAAAAGACAAGCGGGCAGAGCACUUAAGAAGUGCUACCCCAAACUCGUAUAAAAUCAGUUAACUGCCGGCACUGGAGCAAGCCACUUGGUUAGCCCAACUUUUUGUUUAUCGCGCCCCCUCGGAGAUAAAAACCUAUAUAAUAUAACAGAGAUAUACCCCAUUUAACGAGAGCGGAACGAUGUCGAUGCACCAGCUGCUUCUGUACUCACUUUGCCUUUGGGCCGUGAUCGUGUUCUGUGCCCCAACGCCCAGUGAAUCGCGUCGCGUGAUCUUCCUGAAGCCGAAUGGCAUCCAUCGCGGCCAGAUCCUGGCCACCCACGGCAUGCAGAAGUCCUGCCCCCAGUGCCACAUGAUCGAUCAUCGGGGCAACUGCCGGCGCAUCAUUGCCUACAAUGCAGUCCAUCGCCUGCUGAUCCUGACCUUUGUGGUUCUCGCCUUGAUACUGGCCCAGAGUCCCAGGAUUACGGAUGCCCGCCGCCUGAUCUUCUACAAUCCCCACACUCGACCACUCACCAGCCAGCUCCUCGUGUCCCGGAAGAUCGCGAAACCCUGUCCCGCAGGAAAGAUGAGGGACCACCGGGAUCGGUGUCGCCGGGCCGUCAUCUUUGGCCGCAGCAAUUGAGCGCCUGCCGGAAAUCUCCCCAUUUCAUACAUAUAACAUCACCACUUUUUUUGACCUAGCCGUAAGCUAACUUAUUUUAGUCGUAGUUGCGUCACAAUGUGACCGUCGAAGUAUGCAUUACACUAUUUAUUUUGUAGCUGGUAAUAAUGAUAAGUAAUAAACUGAUGUCGAUAAAGAUAAAAACCCAGUGUUUGCUUAAACCUAUUAUUACCUGAAAGUUUGUACGAAAAACAGAUGGGCUAGGCUCUUUGGAAUAAUUUGGAGUAUUCUUAG